ACCAUUAAGAUGGCACCAGUCAGCAUGGCAGCAAAGUCAUCAGCAGCAAACAAAGAUGAAAACAACCAUGGCUCAGGCACCCGAAAAUCAACAUCAGCUAGGCCUCAAGAACAGGCUCUCCAGUGCCCCAGAUGCGAUUCGCAAAACACGAAGUUUUGCUACUACAACAAUUACAGCCUCACUCAGCCGAGGCACUUUUGCAAGACAUGCAGGAGGUAUUGGACCAAAGGAGGGGCCUUGCGCAACGUUCCGAUUGGCGGCGGUUCCAGGAAGAAUAAGAAGUCCAAGCCUCCCUCAAGGCUUACCGUUGAUCCAAAGGAUGCAAAUAUGACAUCUGAUAUUGGUGGAUUGAAGUUCUUUCAUGGUCUGACUCCAGCCAUGGAUUUUCAGCUUGGAGGGAUAACUAGUUUCUCUAGAGUCCUUACAAAUCACUCUUCUCCAACAAGUAUUUAUAAUCAGUUGUCUUCUUCUUUUGGAGACAUUUCGAUUUCCGGCACUACUUCUGGUGCAAUUACCUCUAGCCCUUGUUUCAAUCUUGAUCCAUCGGCAAGUUCUGGUGGUUCUCUAAUGGGAUUCAAUUUCCCUUUCUCUUCUGUUCCCAAACCGGCUGGAGAUCAUGGCACUGCUUUAGGAUUCAGUACUACUACUGGAGACGUUCAUAGUUCUCUAGCUUACUCUAUUGAGUCCUUGAGUUCUAUCAACCAGGACCUCCACUAUAAGUUGCAGCAGCAAAGGUUGGCCAUGCUAUAUGGUACUACUGGGGAGGAUCAGAAAGUGAUGAUGAGCACUUCUGUUAAUCCAUCUGUCCCUUUCGAGAAACCACAGCCCAUUUUGUUUCACAACUUGGAGAAUUCUACUACUCCGAAAACAAAUGCUUCUGGUGUUGAUAUCAAUUCAAGAAAGGAAGGAAUCAAUGGAGCAAGCUUAUCAACUGAGUGGUUCUUUGACAAUACUACUUAUGCCCCAGUUACCCCAACUCCAACCAACAGCGGCGGCAAUGGUGGAAGUGAUCAGAAUCAUUUGGUGAACCACAACUGGAAUGGAAUGAUCAAUCCAGUAUGGAACAAUCUGAGUCAAUACAGUGCACUGUAGGCCGGCUGACAACAAUUUCAAAAAUUAUUGCCAGCGAUUAUCCUUGUUAGAGUUCAUCAAAGAAACAGAAAAACAGUGUUGACAGUAUACUAGGAUACCCAGACUGGUCUUGUCUGUCUUUUCCUUUCAGUAAUUGUCGAGCUAGAGUCUUAUGUCCAUCUAUCAUAAGAUGCUUCUUUUCAGCUUUGUCUCUUGUAUCAGGUUGGGAAAAAAAAACAGUCGGUAAAGAGGGAAAGUAGUUGUUUAGUUUGUCUAGCGAGUUAAUAUUCAGCUUCACCCCAGUAAAGGAGCAAAUGUCUCGUUCUCUAUGUAUAGUUUAUGUUUCAGAAUGGUAUUGUAGUUUUUCUUUUUUCCUUCGAAGAUGUAGGAGUCCAAAUGUUCAUGUAAAAAGUUA